AUGUUAAAGAUACGUGAACUUCAAAAGAAGAGACAGGAAGAAGAGGCAGCAGCAGCAGCAGCAGCAGCAGCAAACUCCAAAUCCCCUACACCAUCCACAUCUUCAGCAUCCUCCAAGGCCAACAAUAACAACGCGUCAGCAUCAUCAACUUCUUCUAAGGUCAGCGCAGCUCAACUUCGUGUACAAAAAGACAUCACCGAGUUGGAUUUACCGAAAAGCAUCAAGCUUACAUUCCCCAACACUGCCGAUUUCUUCAAUUUCGAUUUACAAAUCAUCCCACAAGGUGGAUACUACAAGAAUGGGAAAUUCAAAUUCAAGAUUGAGAUUGGACACAAUUUCCCCAUUGAACCGCCCAAGAUCAAAUGUCGCAACAAGAUUUACCAUCCAAACAUAGACCUCGAUGGGAAUGUGUGUCUAAACAUAUUGAGAGAGGAUUGGUCACCAGUUUUGAGCUUGAAUUCGGUCUUGAUUGGGUUAAAUUUCUUGUUCUUGGAACCAAAUCCCAACGAUCCAUUGAACAAAGAGGCUGCUAAUAUGUUGGUAAAGGAUAAGGAACAGUUUGAAAGAAAUGUAACUAGUUCGAUGAGAGGUGGGUACAUCUCGCGGGAUCAGUAUGAUCGUGUUAUAUAG